AUGGCUGUGCAUAUGUCACCGGCGCCAGCGGGAUUCCAGCAGCUGCCCCACCCUCUGACCUUUCGUCUGGUGAAUCCACAAAAUGGGAGGGCUGUACAUGCAGGAAUCCGCGAGUUCUCGGCCGAAGAGGGCGAGAUUGUUCUGAGCAGCUUUUUGAACGAGGCAUUGGGCAUUGAGGAGCGGUCUGCAGAGCCCUCGCGGAACUCCAGUCCGAAUGGCCACACAGACGGAGACCAUACCAUGGAGAAUGGCAGCAGCAGUGACGCCCCAAAAAUCACAGUACACGCCAAGCAGCUACCCAAAGGCACCUUUGUCAAGCUGCGGCCGCUGGAAGCCGGCUAUGAUCCCGAAGACUGGAAGUCGAUGCUCGAGGAACACUUGCGCUCAAACUUCACAACGCUGACAAACGGCGAGGUCCUGGUCGUGUACGGCGGUCGAGGGUUGGGCGGCAAGCGCGAGGAGUUUCGCUUUUUGGUCGACGGCUUCAAGCCCGAGGGAGACGGAAUAUGCGUUGUAGACACAGACCUCGAGGUUGACAUUGAGCCUCUGAACGAAGAGCAGGCUCGCGAAACGUUGAAGAGAAUAGUGGCCAAGAGACACCGCGCGCCCGGCACAGAACAAGGCAGUUCAACCGGCGGUACAAUCGACAUAUUCAAUGCGCAGUCCGGACAAGUACUUGAGGGCGAGUACGUCGACUUUGAGUUGCCGUCAUGGGACCGAUCUCAGGGGCUGGAAAUCCUGUUGGAUGAGGUAGACGCCGAGGACGACAUUGAUCUCUUCGUCAGCCCGUACUCUUCUCGCCAAAGAGUUCGCCCGCGGGAAGACGAGCACGUUUUUGCCAAUCUCUCCAGUAGUUACCCAAAACGCAUACGCCUACAGCCUACCAACGUCGAACUCGAUGAAGCAGAAGCAGUAUGGAUCUCAGUACACGCAUAUCCGGCGGAAUCGCCAUCCAGCACGCCCAAGCCUUUCCGCUUAAAAGUUUCGAUAUUCGACCCAAAGACGGAGGUAGAUAAGAAAGCCAAAGAAACCCCAGAUGAUUCACAUACAGUCGGCGAAGACGAAGUGGUCUGCAAAAACUGCAAGCAGAUAGUGCCCAAGGGAUCUCUCUUCCUCCACGAGAAUUUCUGCCUCCGGAACAACAUACUCUGCCCCCAAGGCUGCGGCCAAGUCUUCCAGAAGCGCUCUCAAGAUUAUCAGAAUCACUGGCACUGUCCUCACGACACGUUUACCGGCAACACGCCUCUCAGCCGCCAGAAGCACGACGCCUACUACCACACUGCACAAACAUGCUCCUCAUGCGGCCUCGAGUUUCCCUCUAUCCCCACGCUCGCCCAGCACAAAACCACAAUCUGCCCCGGCAAACUCAUCCUCUGCCGCUUCUGCCACCUGCAAGUCGCGCAAGAAGGCGACCCCAACGACCAGUCCGCCGAACUCCUCCUCUCGGGCCUCACCCCCCACGAACUUGCCGACGGCGGCCGCACAACCGAAUGCCAUUUCCCUCUGCGGCGCCCACGCCUUAAGCCACGCUCGGGCGCGAUCCAAAUCCGCGGCUUCAGCCUCGAGCGCCGCAACACACCACUCAAGCGCAUACCCACCUUUACCCUCUAUGCCCGAUUCCGCCGCCAGCAAUUCCGCCAGGACCCUUGCUUUGUGGGCUCUCUCGUCGACGCAGAAGUGCAGGGGGGUAUCGUACCCUUUUCCAUCUACACCCUGGAGGAAGGGUUUAACCAUUGGAAUGGCAUCUUUGGUUGCAACGGGGGUGUCGGGGUGACCCUUAUUUUUGCGUGCGGAGCGACAGUAGGGGUUUGCGCACCAGGGUUUCGCGCAGCCGGUCAGGAGCUGGCUGAGGUAGCGGCGCUCGAUGCGGCGGCGGAGCGCUUUGGCGUCCGGGUCGUGUAG